AAUGGGAGGGAUCAAAGUAUUCAAGGGAGAGAAGUUAACGAGCUUGAUGGUUUCGCAGUCACGAUUCUGCAGACUCAAACUGUUAGCAGCUGCAGCCACAACCAUGUUGCUACUCUGCGCCUGCGCUGUGCAGUACACCACGCUCAGCGAUACAAUGAAGCCACGCGUGCUGAUAUUUCGUUCUUCUCAACAUUUUGCUCCUCCACAGAGUAGUACUGCUGAUAUUGAAGGGGAUUACGUGAACAAUGGAUUUCUCAUGGUCUCAUCCAAUGGAGGAUUGAAUCAAAUGCGAGCGGGCAUUUGUGACAUGGUAGCUAUUGCAAGGUUUUUGAAUGUCACGCUUAUAGUUCCCGAGUUGGAUAAAACCUCCUUUUGGAAUGAUCGGAGUCAGUUUGAAGAUAUAUUCGACGUGGAUCACUUCAUAGCAUCAUUGAGCGAUGAAGUCCGUAUAUUGAAAGUUCUGCCCCAGAAGCAGAGAAGAAGAAUAGAAAUGGCUUCCCUCUAUUCCAUGCCCCCUGCUAGUUGGUCUAAUAUGACAUUUUACUACAACCGGGUUCUUCCUCAGAUAAAGAAGUAUGAAGUACUGCAUUUCACUAAAACUGAUACAAGACUUGCCAAUAAUGGGAUCCCAGUGGAAGUUCAGAAAAUGCGCUGCAAAGCAAAUUAUGAAGCCCUGAGGUUCACUCCCCCAAUUGAGGAAUUGGGGAAGAAGAUUGUAAGGAUUCUGAGAGAAAGGGGCCCGUUCUUAGUUCUUCAUCUCAGAUAUGAAAUGGACAUGUUAGCCUUUUCGGGUUGCACUGAAGGCUGCGAUGACAAAGAAAUCGAAGAAUUGACAAAUAUGAGAUAUGCUUAUCCAUGGUGGAAAGAGAAAGUAAUUAAUUCCACCCAAAAAAGAAAAUCUGGGAAAUGCCCAUUAACUCCCGAGGAGACUGCUCUUGCACUGAGGGCAUUGGAUAUCGAUCCUAGUAUCCAAGUAUACAUAGCUGCAGGUGAUAUUUAUGGGGGAGAAAGACGAAUGGCAUCUCUAAGAUUAGCCUUUCCACACAUAGUUAAGAAAGAAACAUUGCUGGAAGCCUCAGACCUUGAGCCCUUCCGAAACCAUUCGAACCAAAUGGCUGCAUUGGAUUACAUUGUGUCACUGGAAAGUGAUAUCUUCGCUCCAACUUAUGGAGGAAACAUGGCAAGAGUUGUCGAAGGCCAUAGACGGUACUUAGGUUUCAGGACAACAAUUCGUCUGGACAGAAUGCUUCUAGUGAAUUUGAUAGACCAGUACAAGAAGGGUAGACUGAGCUGGGAUGAAUUUUCCCAGGCAGUGAAAACAGGACAUGCCGAUCGCAUGGGUAGCCCUACACAAAGAUUGGAGAUUCCUGGUAAACCCAAGGAAGAGGAAUACUUCUAUAACAAUCCACAGGAAUGUUUACCACCAAUUUCUACAAAACCAAAGAGGCUGUGAUGCACACGUUACAAUCAAUGGAAUGUUAUCACAGGCCAAAGAUUCCACUUCACUCCCUUCAAAAAAAAAAAAAAAAA